GCAGUCCUUCCUGCGGACGACAAAAGCCGAGACCCGGAGCGGGGAGGCGGUGGCCCCGGGCACAAGGCGGCCGCUGCUCGGGCUGGGAGGCCCCAUGUCGCCGCCCCCGGCCCCGCUCCUGGCGCUGAGACCCGGGGAGACCCGGCCUGGUUGCAGGAAGCCCGGGGCCGUGAGGUUCGCGGACGUGGCCGUGUACUUCUCCCCGGAGGAGUGGGGGUGUCUGCGGCCCGCGCAGAGGGCCCUGUACCGGGACGUGAUGCGCGAGACCUACGGCCACCUGGGCGCGCUCGGAUUCCCGGGCCCCAAACCAGCCCUCAUCUCUUGGAUGGAACAGGAGAGUGAGGCUUGGAGCCCCGCCGCCCAGGAUCCUGAGGAGGGGGAAAGCCUGGGAGGAGCUCUGAGAGGAACAACUAAAACCCCCAAAGAGCAGAAGUGGCUUCGGGUCUGCCUUUCAUAUCCUCAAGCAAGACAAACUGGUACAAGAGAAAAUGCCCAGAGACACCCCAAACAAGAUGGAAGACGAACCCGAGGAAGAGCCAGGAACCAAGGGACCUGGAAAGAUUCCUGGGAAGGAGCGGUGGGAGGAGCUGGUUACAUACAACCCUGGCUCGACUAUCAGCGUGGCCUCGGCAAGAGCACAGCCAUCCACGAAAGCUGCCAGGGACCAAAUGGCAGGCGCGCAGUCCCCUGUCGUGGUGCCCAGCGUGGACGCCCAGGCCAGCCAACGGCGCCACGUUUGUACAGACUGUGGCCGCCGCUUCACCUACCCCUCGCUGCUGGCCAGCCACCGGCGCAUGCACUCGGGGGAGCGGCCCUUCCCCUGCCCCGAGUGUGGCAUGCGCUUCAAGAGGAAGUUCGCUGUGGAGGCGCAUCAGUGGAUCCACCGCUCCUGCUCGGGCGGGCGGCGGGGCCGCAGGCCUGGGAUCCGGGCUGUGCCUCGGGCCCCAGUUCGUGGUGACCGGGACCCACCUGUGCUCUUUCGGCACUACCCGGACAUCUUUGAGGAGUGCGGAUGAGUGGCUCCCACAGGCUGGAGUUGAGCCUGACCUCGACACUGAGGACUGACUGAGCCCUGAGUGAGGCUCCUGAGUCAGGGACUUGGGAACUAAAAUCCAUCCCUUGGGCUUCCCUCAAGGAUCCCUCAAGUUUCCAAACUUGUAAAAAGAAAAGUGCCUGUAAAGAUUCAGAUAGAUUAAACUUGACAUCUCUCU